CUCUUUCACAAAGUCGCAUCAAGUGUCAUUUGCUAGAAUGUAUAUAUGAAUAUUUGAACUGAUCGAACAGGAAAGGGCACCUAAGAGUAUACAAUCGGAAAAGAAUACCGGUGGAUCUUCCACUUUAUCUCAAAAGCAGGCUUGCCUGCUGGUCCCACCAACUCAACGGCACGUCUAACAUGCUCUCGACAAAACUUCUCCCUCCUCAUCCAAAGACGCAGGCUCUUGACUCAGACACUUUUCACGUGCCUCCCCUCGACGCCUCGCUAACUCUCGCCGAAGUUGUCGAAUGGAAUGCUGCCCAUAGCCCGAGUCAUCCCUUAUUCAAGUUUCCGCUCGCCAUUGGAGGCGUUCGAACGAUAUUCUGGGCAGAGGCAAACGCUGCUGUCUUGAAUGGCUCCAAGAUCCUACAGCAUCGCAUUCACACAACUGGCAGAAACCCGCGACCGGUUGUCGGUAUUCUGGCUAUCUCAGACGUGAUCCCGUACGCGAUGAAUCUACUGAGUUGCCUACGUUGCAACUUCGUGCCCUUUCCAAUUUCACCGAGAAACUCUCCGUUGGCCGUCGCUCAUCUCGUCGAACGCGCACAGAUCGAGUAUGUUCUAGUAGGCCGAGAGAAGAGCAUGCAGGAUCUCAUACAGCACGCGCUCGAUAUCACGCGCUCUAAGUACCCUCAGGUUACACCGCCAGAAGUUCUGCCUAUGCUCCAGUUUGACGAGGUCUACUCCCCAUCAGAGGCCACAGUCAAUCUUCCAGAUGUCACUCCCUACGUGGGCGCCGGCCCCGAUGCAGACACCCUUGUACUGCAUUCCUCUGGAUCCACUUCGUUUCCAAAGCACAUUCCCUGGACCAACUACCGCUUUACCAUGCUGCAACUUAUUCCGUUCUUUGGCGGACGGGAUUUAACUGGGGAAAUCUUCUCUCUCCAUACCAUGCCAAUGUACCAUGGCAUGGGUGUUCUUCAGAUUUGCUGGGCGGCGGCUUGUGGGCUCGUAAUAAGCGCCUUCGAGCCAGUGUUUCCCUCUACUCUCCCCACGCCGGAUAACCUGUAUGUCGCAGCCAAUGGAACUGACAGCAACGUUAUCUUUUGCGUGCCAUCAAUCAUCGAACAAUGGGCUUCGAACCCCGAAUACGUCAAAUGGCUCGCUUCGAGAUCUGGUGUGCUCUUCGGGGGUGGUCCUCUUAACAAAGAGAUUGGCGACUAUCUAACGUCGCAGGGAGUCAGCAUCUUCAUUCUAUACGGGCUGACGGAAGUUGGCAUCAUUAGCCCUAUCCUACCUGCUACCGUCGACUACGAUUGGGAUUAUUUCACCUUUCCGAAGCUCAUCACGCCUGACUUUGUUCCAUAUGGUAACAACUCCUUUGAGCUCCUCAUCGUGCCAAAUGAAUUCUCUGAACCUCACGUACUAAACACGAAAUCUAAUGGCAUACAGGCGUAUGCGACCUCCGACCUUAUCACCCCCCAUCCUACCAGGCCAGGGCUCUGGAAAGUCUUUGGCAGGACUGACGACCAGAUAAUGCAUAGUACUGGAGAAAAGACAAACCCGGGACCAUUAGAGAACAUGCUCAACCAGGACAAACACGUAUUGUCCUCAGUCAUGUUCGGGCGAGGGAAGUUCCAAGCUGGCGUUCUCAUUGACCCCGCCCCGAACUCGCGCUUUGACCCGGUGGACGAGGUCAAGCUCGCCGAGUUCCGUAACCUGAUAUGGCCGACUGUUGAAGCUAUGAACGCAUAUGCUCCGCAACACUCGCGUAUCUUCAAAGAGAUGAUCAUCGUCGCAAGCCCGUCCAAACCAUUCACUUACACAGCAAAGAAUACGGCCAGGCGGCAGGCUAUCAUCGAUACGUACGAGGAAGAGAUUGAGAAGGCGUACUCCUCCGCACACGAAAGUACCCAGAGCGGAAUUUCGCCGCCCUCCGAGUGGAGCCAGGCUCAGACGCUAUCGUUCGUGCGAAAAAUUGUCUACUCCGCGCUUGGACAAGAGAUACCCGAUGACGUAGACCUUUUCCAGCAUGGUUGUGACAGUUUACAGGCCACUUGGAUUCGAAACUCCAUUCUGCGCGCUUUGCGCGACUCCUCUGAUAUUGAUACGCGCUCAGUCAAGGAGAACAUGGUCUACAUGAACACGUCCAUCUCGGCUCUUGCUACAUUCGUCGUGAAAUUCGUAUGCGGACAAGGCACAGAGGAUAAUAUCGACCUCAGGCAGCGGGCCUUGCUCAUGCAGUCCUUGGUCGACAAGCAUCUUUCCGAAGCCCUACCAGUGCAUCAGCCUCGUUCGUCUUCGCAGCCGGACGGAAUGGUCGUGCUCGUUACCGGCACGACGGGGACAUUUGGAAGCCAGACAUUGGUGUCUUUGAUCCAGGAUCCUGCAGUCACGCGUGUGUAUGCAUUGAACCGGGCAAGCUCAAGCGGGCAGGCGAUUGAGGUACGGCAGACGCAAGCAUUCGAAGAGUGGGAAUUGGAUACGGCGCUUCUGAAAGCAGAGAAGCUGCAGCUUUUGGAGGGAAAUGUUCUCGCCGAGAAUUUUGGGGUCGGAGAGGCGACGUAUCAAGAGAUCACAAAGAAUGUCACCCACAUUGUACAUAACGCUUGGAUAGUCAACUUUAAUCUCCAAGUUGAUGCCUUCGGCGAGAACCUACGAUCUGUCCGGCGCUUGGUCGAUUUCUCCCUCAGCUCUCCGCUUGCAACACCCCCGAAGUUCGUUUUCACGAGCUCUAUAGGGGUACUACAAAACGUGCAGGGUAAAACUGCCGUUCCCGAGGCCCACGUCGGCGCAGAAGUUGCAGCGGGCAGCGGAUAUGCAGAGUCAAAAUGGAUCACGGAACAGAUACUGCAGCGCGUGUCCGCACAAGUGCCUUCGUUCAAUAGUCUUAUUGUGCGAGUGGGACAACUAUGCGGAGGGGCAAACACAGGUAGCUGGAACACGAAGGAAUGGUUUCCCGCCCUCGUUCAAAGCGUGAAGGCGACGGGGUGCUUCCCAACCGAGGAGAAGUCGGUAUCAUGGAUUCCAACAUCCGUCGCUGCGUUUCUCCUCGUCAAGCUCACAGGGUCUACAUAUCGCCCUCGGAGCGGCAUCGUCCACCUCAUCCACCCCCAUCCGGUCCAGUUCUCCAGCCUUGCGGCGCCUUUUUCGUCGGCCCUGAACGUGCCUAUGGUGUCGUACAAGGAAUGGCUGUCCAAGCUCGAGGCGCUGAACGGCGAGGCGAGAGACGCGGACGUAUCGGAUCUCCGGGCCUUGCGGCUGCUCACGUUCUUCCAGGGACUCGCAUUAGACAAGACAGCAGGUGACGCGAUGGGUUUUGCUAAACUCGAUUGCACGCAGUUGAAGGCGAGUUCUGUGCUGGCGGAUGCCGAGUGCGAGCCGCUCGGCGCAGAUAAUGUGCGGAGGUGGCUUGACUACUGGCGUCGCAAAGGAUUGAUGUCACGGUGA